CGGAGCGGGACCCGGAUGCAGUUGCUGCCCCGGCGACGCGGCCCCCAGUUCCUGCGCGUGCCCUGGGCCUGUCGCCUGCCUCCCUCGGCGACAUGUCGCUGGUGGCGGAGGCCUUCGUGACUCAGCUGGCCGCCGCAGAGCCUUGGCCUGAAAAUGCUGCGUUGUAUCAGCAACUGAAGGAGGAACAAAUUCUGCUUUCUGAUAAUGCAUCUUCCCUUGCUGUUCAGGCCUUUUUGCAAAUGUGCAAUCUGCCAAUCCAGGUGGUUUGCAGGGCAAAUGCCGAGUACAUGUCCCCAUCUGGCAAAGUACCCUUCAUUCACGUGGGAAAUCAAGUAGUAUCUGAACUUGGGCCCAUAGUCCAGUUUGUAAAAGCUAAGGGUCAUUCUCUCAGUGAUGGGUUGGAUGAAGUCCAGAAAGCUGAGAUGAAAGCCUACAUGGAAUUAGUCAAUAAUAUGCUCUUGACAGCAGAGCUCUAUCUCCAAUGGUGUGAUGAUGUUACAGUAGAGGAGAUCACCCACCCGAGGUAUGGCUCCCCGUACCCGUGGCCUCUGAACCGCAUUUUGUCCUAUCAGAAGCAGUGGGAGGUCAGGCGAAAGAUGAAAGCCAUUGGAUGGGCUGGCAAGACACUUGAACAGGUGCUUGAAGACGUAGAUCAGUGUUGUCAGGCUCUCUCCCAGAGAUUAGGAACACAACCGUAUUUCUUCAAUAAGCAACCAACUGAAUUAGAUGCGCUGGUAUUUGGACAUCUGUUCACAAUCCUCACUACUCAACUGACCACUGACGAACUCUCUGAAAAAGUGAAGAACUACAGUAACCUCACAGCCUUCUGUCGGCGGAUAGAGCAGCAGUACUUUGAGGGCCAUGACAAAGACAGCCCCACGACUGUCACGGCCCGGCCGGCCAAGAGGUCCUUGCUGAGAUGAGCGUGCUGGUUGGUGGUCGGGGUGGAUUGCACUGCAGUCUUGGGUUUUGUUGUUCAGUGGAUUGAUUUUGAGAAUGGAAAUGUGUGUUAACUUUUUGAAGCUGCCAAAUCAUUCUGGAGAAAGAAAAAAAAAACCAAACUCUAAAUGCAUUUUUUGUGUUGUAGAAUAUACUGUGCACAUUUAAUCUGAAAUGACUGCACGGGCACUUCCGUUUCAAGAGCCUGUAUGCCACUACGCUAAAGUGACCUUGGAAAAAUAUUGUAUCUGUAUGAAAAUAAAAUAAAAUAUUUAAAAAAGUU